GGGUAAUAUCAUCCAUCUCAUCUCAUCCUGUCUCCAACACCACAACACAGACUCAACGCACCUCGAGCAAAAUCAAGUUCACACACUCAUCAUCGAUCAUGUCCCUCAUACAAGCCUACCGCAACCUCUCCUCCAGAACCAGAAUUGGUCUCGGAAUCGGCCUCCUCAUCUGGGGCUUUGCCGGGCUACAACUGACGCCCGUGGUAGAGGAGAAGCUCGGGCUGACGCCAACCGAGGCCGACAAGGCCGCCUUAGAGCGGAUGACGCCCAAGAUCCGCGUCGUUCCGAGGGACGAGAAGUCAUGACCACAAAUUUCAUGAGGAUCAUCAUCUUUACCAUGUAUAAAAUCAUGUAUUAGUACGCCACCUGGGAACAGAGGGAGGAAUCAGGCACACAUGCCCUCUUUACUCGCUCAUCCCUAGGGUUCGGCAAGAAAUUGGACAGCAAUAUCUGAGGAAUGGCGUUAUCUGGGAUAGCAGCCAUUUCGCUUUUCGGGAGGGAAGGGAGGGAGAGGCUCUCCAAGCAGGAUGCAGCUUUAAGGUGGGAAGCAAGCAUACGGUCGAUUCAGAGGAAGAACGGCAACCUGAUAGCUAGGGGAUCUGCUUUUAUUUCACUACCUUCACCCUCUAGGUGGCAACGCCCGUACAAACUCUAACGUAUGUAAUGUCUGACAAUUGAUGUACAUUCUCCGACC